UUUCCCGAAAAAGUAUUUAGUACUGAUAGAGAGAUCUAGUGGCCUGAUGUGGCUGCACUGGCUACUCCUGGUGCUUCUCUUCUCGCACGUCCUUGGGGAUAUAAUACGCCGGGAAUGGCCCCAAAGACCUCUUUCCUGGUGGCAGCGUCAGUACUACCAACGCCGAUGGUUUCUGAGGAUGCGUUUUACGACUACACCUCGACCAGGUGCCACGGCCGAGCCAGAGCUGCGAAUUGUGUAUCCUUGCUACUGCCCGAAUCCGAAGCCCGGAAUACCAGACUAUAGGGAGGCUACCGGGUAUGACAGGCGGUUAAAGGAACCUGAUGAUGUAUUCUUUCUCAAUCGCUAAGAUAAACUAUAACUAUAACUACCUCAA